CAAUCACAAAACAAAAUUCAAUACCAGUGCACGUCUAUUUGGUUAUGGCGUAAAUUAAAAGUGUAAAAAUAAAAAAUGAGUAGCCCCGAUAAAACCGACAAAACCUCAAAAGCAUCAGCUACAAGUUUGAAGUCCACGGAUAAAGCCUCAAAAAUAUCCGUGAAGUCUGAAAAAUCGUCAAAGCAUAGUGAGAACUCAUCUCGAAGCAACUUCGCCGAACCCUAUGUGGAUAAUUACUAUGAGACCAGCCAAGACCCGGUCUUCAUCUACGGCGGGCCGUUUAUCCAGGUUAAGAGGCCGGACCCAUUUAUCGAUUCGGUGACGCCGAUAAACCUGGAGUUACAGGGCACUUUUAAAAAGAGUUUUGCAUAUUAUUCUAUGAAAGAAAGAAUCCCAAUCAUUCUGACCAAAGUUAUAGAUGGUUUAUCAAAAAGGGGUGACCCAGACUCAAGAAAACUGAUAGAAUACGUAGCCAGGCUCAAAAACGAAAUAGUCACCAACAAGAGAUAUUCCAAAUUCGAGGUGGACACAGAUGAGGCAAAGCGAUGGAACUCGUGGCUCGAGUCGCGUCAAGCGAAUACAUACUUUACUGACGUAUGGGUUUUCGCUGAAUGCUACGUGUAUAGGAGACUCAGAGAAGGCGUCGAGCUAAUUCCAAGUCUAAAUGACUUCGAUCCGUUUGGCGACCAGAAGAAACAAGCCUUCGAGGAUGGAAAAGAGGCUAUGUGCAUGGUCGCGACGCAGCUGAUGCCCAUGCUGUCACCCAGUGAUAAGGACAAACGAAAACAGAACUUUAUGACUUUACUGAAGAUCUGCCUGUGGUCCAAUAAAUGCGACCUUUCACUAUCCGUUGGCGAACCUGUGUUGUUAGCGUCUGGCGAAACGGGGAAGGACCCGUCUCAAAUGCCUGCCGUAGACCCUUUCCAGUUGGUCAUCGAUUUUAAAGACAAGUUGCUGACGGACGACACGGCGAAAAUAGCUGACCAGGUGGUGGCCAAAGCAGAGGCCAUCGGGAAGGCGAUAGCCAACAACACCGUAUUCAAAGCCAAGUGCAGUUGUCACAGAUUGGCCAAGCUUGGCGGAACACGAAUUUGCAUGGACGAGGCACAAAAGGAGGCCCUAGCCAAAGCGGCGGCGGAGAAGGCCGCCAAGGGCAAGGGCAAGGGCAAGGCGCCCCCGCCCCCGCCCCCGCCCCCGCCCGAGCCCGGCGCCCCGCCCCCGCCCCCGCCCGUGCCCUGCCCCGCUAAAGUGCUCGUGCCCAGCGCCGUGCAGUUCGAUAUCGUGUGCGACAACGCUGGCUUCGAGCUAUUCGCAGACUUGUGUCUAGCGACCUGGUUGGUUGAACAGAAAAUUGUACAGAAGAUAAGGUUCUACGUGAAGAAAAUACCGUGGUUUGUGUCAGACGUCACACCGAAAGACUUUACAGAUUUGAUCCAGAUGUGUUGCAACACGCAAUACAGCAGACGCGCGCCUCCGCCCGAGCCUAAAAAACCACUGGCCGAGGGCGAAGCGCCCCCACCGGACACGAACGUUACUUCAGCGGAGCUCCAGAGCCUCGGCAGGAAGUUCCAACAGUACUAUGACGAAGGCGUGUUCGUUGUGUCGUGUGAAGAUUUCUGGACAUCCCCCCACGUGUUUAAAGAUAUGAAGAAAUACGACUACUGGUUGUACCGUAAACUGCAAUACGCUGUGGCCGUCCUGUUUAAAGGCGACCUGAACUAUAGGAAACUGCUUGGAGAGAAGAAUGUGCCGCCUAUUACACCGCUACUGCAAGCGCUGCAAGGCGACCUGAACUAUAGGAAACUGCUUGGAGAGAAGAAUGUGCCGCCUAUUACACCGCUACUGCAAGCGCUGCAAGGCGACCUGAACUAUAGGAAACUGCUUGGAGAGAAGAAUGUGCCGCCUAUUACACCGCUACUGCAAGCGCUGCAAGAUGCAGAACAAUUAAUCAGAGACCAGUUUGCAGAAAUAUUCAAGCCGGGAUGGGGGAAUUUCAAAGGUGAAGUGAUCAAUUUAAAAUUGAAGUCCAAUGCUCAACCCAGGUGUCUGCCAGUCAGUGUCAGUAAGGCAUCUUAUCUUAUGAAGACAUAUGACUACUGGUUGUACCGCAAACUGCAAUACGCUGUGGCCGUCCUGUUUAAAGGCGACCUGAACUAUAGGAAACUGCUUGGAGAGAAGAAUGUGCCGCCUAUUACACCGCUACUGCAAGCGCUGCAAGGCGACCUGAACUAUAGGAAACUGCUUGGAGAGAAGAAUGUGCCGCCUAUUACACCACUACUGCAAGCUCUGCAAGGCGACCUGAACUAUAGGAAACUGCUUGGAGAGAAGAAUGUGCCGCCUAUUACACCACUACUGCAAGCUCUGCAAGGCGACCUGAACUAUAGGAAACUGCUUGGAGAGAAGAAUGUGCCGCCUAUUACACCACUACUGCAAGCUCUGCAAGGCGACCUGAACUAUAGGAAACUGCUUGGAGAGAAGAAUGUGCCGCCUAUUACACCACUACUGCAAGCUCUGCAAGGAAACUGCUUGGAGAGAAGAAUGUGCCGCCUAUUACACCACUACUGCAAGCUCUGCAAGACAUACGACUACUGGUUGUACCGCAAACUGCAAUACGCUGUGGCCGUCCUGUUUAAAGGCGACCUGAACUAUAGGAAACUGCUUGGAGAAAAGAAUGUACCGCCUAUUACACAACUACUGCAAGCUCUGCAAGGUUUCCAACCGGCACCGUUGAUCGCGUGUCGCACGGUCAAGUGCGAUUUGAUCUGCGGCCUGAAGAAAGGCAGGGCGGAGCAACUGUUCAAGAUCGAUCCUAAGUGGAUGCAGACUGGCGACUAUGGGGUGAUCCAGUUCUGCCCGAAGGCCGAGCCUCUCAAGGUGGCCGACCGGCCGUGCAAGUUCUACUGCGCCGAGUGUCUCGGCCUCACCUGCCCCGACGAGGGACGCUUCUGGUGACUUCGGGUGAGCUUG